CAAUAGCAGCAAGAAUUAGGUAGGUAUAAUUAAUACAAAUUAAAGAUAAAUAAACUACUUUUAUACUCCAACUCAGUUCUGAUAUGGCACCCAGAAAGCGGCUGUAAUUUAACGGUGGCCGGCACCGAUAGUCUCCUCAAUUGAAGAAAUAUAGUUGCAAUAUUUGUUUCUUUUUUUGAUCUGAUCUAAUUUGUUUUUCAAAUACAGAAAAUAAUUUUUAAAAAGUAUACCAUUUCAUCUUCUCAAACCAUUCAAAAUUGUUAGUAAAACUUUGUAAUAAAAAAUAAUUGAACUAAAGCAGUAGGGAAUACAUGUGUGAUGUCUGGAUCGAACCCCAGUCCAGUCACGGCUGAUGAAUCCGCCACCGCCACCGCCACGGCUGCCGCUCCGGCAGCUGCGAUCCCUAUCUCCUGGCCUUGCGACGGAAUUCUAAGCUUGGAAUGGAUGCAAAAUUUCAGCUCAACCUUAGAAUGGGCAUCCAAAAACCUGCCGCCGUCCCAAUUCCCUACCGUAUUGCCAGUAUCUACGUUCGACUCUCUCAUCCUCACCGCGUCAAAGAUCCUACAUAAAGAACCUAAUUGCGUCACAGUUGAUCCUACCAACGCCGACGAUUCUUCAGUUACAGUAGUCGGAGACUUGCAUGGACAGCUCCACGACCUUCUUUUUCUACUCAACGACGCCGGCUAUCCGUCAGAUCACAGCUUCUUCGUCUUCAACGGUGAUUACGUUGACCGUGGCGCUUGGGGUCUCGAGACCUUCUUGCUCUUGUUAGCCUGGAAGGUUUUUUUGCCGCACAGUGUGUUUCUGCUCCGUGGUAAUCACGAAUCGAAGUACUGUACAUCUGUUUAUGGAUUUGAAAAGGAGGUUUUAGCUAAGUAUGAUGAUAAGGGUAAGCAUGUAUAUAGGAAGUGUUUGGGAUGCUUCGAAGGGCUUCCCUUGACUUCGAUUAUAGCGGGUCGUGUAUAUACUGCUCAUGGAGGACUUUUUCGGAGUGUCUCCGCUACUCCUUCUAAAAGAUUGAAAGGAAAGAAGAAUCGACGGAUGAAUUUGAAUCCGCAUUCUUCCCGUUUGUCUCUCGGUUCUUUUGAGGAGUUGGCUAAAGCUCGAAGAUCGGUGCUUGACCCUCCAUGGGAAGGUGUGAACCUUAUUCCGGGUGAUGUUUUGUGGUCUGAUCCAACUAUGACGCCGGGACUUUCUCCUAAUAAAGAGAGGGGCAUUGGUCUUCUAUGGGGACCUGAUUGUACUGAAGAAUUUUUGAAAAAUUUUCAGCUCAAGCUAAUAAUCAGAUCCCAUGAAGGUCCUGAUGCAAGAGAAAAGCGGCCUGGUCUUUCAGGAAUGGAUGAAGGAUACACUAUAGAUCAUGUUGUAGAGUCCGGAAAGCUAAUUACAAUAUUUAGUGCUCCAGACUACCCACAAUUUCAGGCAACAGAGGAGGAGAGAUACAAAAAUAAAGGAGCAUACAUAGUCUUAAAAUCACCCGGCUUUGAUGAGCCACAGUUCCAUAGUUUUGAAGCAGUUAUUCCAAGACCACAGGCGAAUGCGUAUUAUGACUAUAAAAAUGUAGUCGAUUCUGAUGAAGAACUGGACAUGGAUUUAAUGGCAACUGCUGCAUAAAGACCAUCAUCACAAAUUUACUAUAAUUUUGGAAAUGCAGCAAAAUUUUGAGAUAUUGUGCUGGUUGAUUCCUUUACAAUUUUGCCUUCCAUGUAGAUUCAUAAUUUAUAAAUGUGUUCAAAAUCCAAAGAAAACAAUAGGAUAAUGUAUACAUGAAGGCUCACAAAGAGCAGCUGUAAAUGUUCGAUUGUUAGAUGUUCUCAGUUAAGUUCAGUGUUUAAUUGUUGAAUCUGUUGGUAAAAUGGCAGAAAUGUUUUUUGGGAAA